AUGUCUGUUCCCCCUUCGCCCUCUUCGACGAUCGGUUCUCGCGAGGUAAAGAAGCUUGAGAAGCUUCUCGCGAAGGAGGCCAAGUCCGACCAGCACCUCCUCGACCACGCGUACAAAGAAGUGAUGGAGGCGGAGAAGGCGCUCAGGAAGGGGGCCAAGGAGGCGGACCAUGGUCAGAUGAGGGUCAGCAAGCUCAAGCAGAGGGAGCUGGCCACUGAAAAGGUGCUCGACAAGGCGAAGCAGCAGCACGACCACGCUGCGAGGAAGCAAGCGCGGGUCGAGCAGAAGCUCGAGGCGAAGAAGUCCAAGGAGCACCGGGUCGACGAGGAGGUGCAUCAGCUGCAGACGAACCUCGAGGAUUUCCAGAAGACCAUGCAGGCGAACGCUACGGACCGAGGGAUGAGGUUGUCGAACAUCCGCGCAGAGUGCGGGGUGUCUGGUGCAUCCUCCUUGCCUGCCACUCCAAAGUUGUGA